AUGACGCUCAGCAUUUCGAUUGACCCCCAAGAUCCGCACGGCUCGGAUCAGUCUCUGUCGGACGAGGAAGACUCGUCGGUCGUGGAAGUCUCCGUCCCGUCAGACAGCCAUGACUACCAGGACUAUGAUAAUGAGUGGGCGCAUCUGCCAUAUCCGGAUGAAUUGAAACCGUCUGAUUCAGCCUCUCGACCAAGGACCUCGCACCGUAACCGCUCGCUCCACGGUUCCCGCUCCGCUUCGGGCCGCCCACCCCCGUCGCGCCGGCGGAUGGUUCCCGAACGCGAGUCCUAUGGGACUCGCUCCCGCCGACACCCCUCCCCAGAAUCGCCAGGUAGCGCGGAGUCGGAGGACUUUUCGGGCCACUACACCCGCAACACGCAUGAGCGAAGGUGGCCCCAGGCCCCGCCCGCGCCGGGGUAUGCCCAUAGCGCCUCCUCUGGCCCAACCUUCAACGCCUACCCUUCGGGACAUGCACCUUCUUACCCGCACCCCAACGGCCCCCUCCCGUCGGACCAGCUCGUCCGCCUGGGUGUCCAUGCCAACCCAGGGGGCCAGCCGUAUGGCCCUGGGCCCUACCCGUACGGGUCGCAAUUUCAAUCCUCGCACGGAGCUGCCAUGCACCCCUUCUACGCCCAGGAUCAAGCGCACCCCCGCCAUCCCUCUCGCCCUCCGCCGCAGUCACGAAUCGACCCACAUAACCCUUCUCAACCACCCAUGCCCCAUCACAUGGGUGGACAUGCCUCACCCACCCCAUAUGGCGGGUCACCUUUCCACCACGAGAUGAUGCCCUACCAACCAAACCCGUUCUACAACUACCGGGACCCAUACUCCAUGGUCCCGGGAAUGGUACCGCCAUCCUAUUUUCCAUCCUAUCCUCAGGUGCCCUCCCCAACCCCGCAACCCGAGGCGAGCGCAUCCCCGCCGGCGGCGGCUCCAGCAGUACCGUCGGCAGAUGCUGCGAAAGAUGAAGCCAUUGCACGCCUGGAGAAGUUGAUUAUGGAUGAACGCAACGAGCGGGAGGCAAAGGAAGCCGACCGCCUAGCUCAGAUCGCGCGGGAGGCGGCCGAAAAAGCGGCUCGCGAGCAGCAACUCGCCCACGACCGAAAGAUAGCUGAGGAGGCGGCGUUCCUGGCCCGCGCGGAUGCCGAGAAAAGGGCUGCAGAAGAUGCAGCGGCAGCCAAGGAAGAGGCUGAGAAAGCGGCGGCGGCUGCGGCUUCCGAGGCGGCGGCGGCGGCUACAGCGGCGGCUACAGCAGCGGCCACAGCAGCGGCAGCAGAGGCAGCAAGUGCAGCUGAAGCGGCGAAGAAGCCCCCUGCGGAGAAAAAGAAGCCUAUCAAAUUCAAGGAUGCGGUGGGAAGAAAAUUUAGCUUUCCAUUUGAGCUAUGUGCCACUUGGCAGGGUAUGGAAGACCUGAUCAAGCAGGCUUUCCUUCAUAUCGAAAUCAUUGGGCCGCACGUCGCAGAAGGUCACUAUGACCUGGUCGGCCCUAACGGAGACAUCAUCCUCCCUCAGGUUUGGGAGACUGUGGUGGAACCGGACUGGACAAUCACCAUGCAUAUGUGGCCCAUUCCUGAAAAGCCCAAGGAGGCUGAUCCUCCGCCACCCGAAGAACCUGCGGCUGCCCCGGCCAAGGCCGGAGAUCCAUCCCCAGCUGCCACAGAGACAAAGAAGAAAGCCGAAGCAAGUAACAAGAAGCCGCCCCGAAAACCUGCGGACGCAGGCGCAUUCGCCAAGUGGAUGAUGGGCGGGCGCAACCCCCAAAGGUAG